ACAGAUUUGGCGUCUUGCGCCUUGCGUCGUUUCGUCAGCGUGUCUCAAACAACUUUUUUACUUUGUUAUUAUUAUUGUUUUAUAUUAAUUACUUAUUAAUUCAUGAACUAUGAUCAUUCCGUAAAGUAGAAUGGAAACUGGAGACUAUCAUUAUAGACUUUUAGGCUUGCUGAGAGGAGCAGUAGAAUUCAUUGGCCAAAGUUUUUGUUAUUUAACUCAUCCGAAGGGACGAUCACGUAGCCUUGUGCGAAGGAUUGGCAGCUGGCUUCCCCUUCCACCGGCGCCAAGGGUUUACAUCAACAUCCCUUCUGACUCCAUUCUAUUCGAUGCCACCCAAUAUGGCUCGUUCUAUGAGGACGAUUACCUGCCUGAGAUGCAUAAGGAGCAAUCAUCUCUUUGCUUGUCUUUCGCCCAGCUGCAAGGACUAACGCCUCAAAUUAUGAGCAGUACACCAGAGAACCAUCGUUUGAAAAUACGUAAUUUGGAAAAAGAGUUGACAGACUUGAAGCACCAGGUGGCGCAAAUACUCGAAACAAUGCCUACGUCAGAUUACGGCAGUAUGGUGAGUGUGUGGUUAGGCAAUCAGCCGCUUCUCACCCCCUCGCCUGUAAAUACCCCUUCAGCCCCUCCUGAAAAUACCCAUUCGGUCCCCUCUGAACGUCCACCCACCCCUCCCCCGCUACCUCCGCCACCAGCUUUGGACACCACUCCGGUGAACCUGGCCAGAGGAAAACUCCGACGGGUAGCCAGAGAGUGCACCGAGAUGGAAACAGCAGCGCAAGAUGAUAAGAAGACGCCGGCCGCCAUGUUGGGAGAUGUGCUUCAUCAGCUGUCAACUGAGAGACCCACUUUGAGGCAUGUCAAGAGGUCACCAGGCGGCUGUAAUCCUGAGAAAACUCCCAAAGUUCUCGAUCCUUCCGACAUUCUCUCAAAAGUUUUACGACAGAGAUUCCAGGCUUUCCAUCCAUCUGAUACGGAUACAACUGACAAUUCUAUUCAUAAUACUUCGGAAUUCCUGAAUGAGGUUCUCACUUCGCCUGCUAGCCUUGUUUGAUUAAAUUAAAUAAUCAAUAAUUUAUUAAUUACGGUAAUUGAUUGAGUAGUCUACGUUGUGUUCGAGACUGGUGUUGAUUAGUAUUUAGAGAUACAGACUUAUUCUGUUUACCUAGAAAUUUAACCUUUCUAUAUUCUGUAGUGAGAUUCACUUGAAACGUUCAGCAUUGUUCGAAUGGGAAUCAUUGUUGUUAUUUAUGAGGAAUACUGACAGUUUGGUGAAUCUCAUUAUAGUAUUGAUGAUAGGUGAAGCUAUGUGUUGUAUAAUUCAGAUUAAAUGACUGUUUAUAUUGUACGGUACAAUAUUCAAGUUAGGUACAUCUCUAAUUCAGGUUAGAAUUUGCUAAUAUUUUGUGCAACGGCGAAUUGAGAAAGAGUGCAAGCUUUUCAACUAUUAUUGAUUAAGUUGUCACAUGAUAUGAUGAAGAACAUGUUGCACUAUAUUAUAUUGCUCUAUAAUAUUAUGUUUUUUAGACUUAUUUUGAAAUUGUAUCCAACUAUAUUUUGUAUUCGACAUAUUACGAGAAGUUCAAAUUGAAUUUUUCGAGUAACAAUAAUUGUUAGCCUACAAUUAUGACUGAAAUUGGGUAAUUUUUGUACUAUUUUGUAAUAUUAUUGGUUUUUGUUACUCUUCAGGAUGUGAAUGAGUGUGACUUAUGCACCAAGUCAUAGUAAUAAUCAUUUUAUAUUUUUUACAUUUCAAAUACUCGACUUCAUUUUUCAAUUUGUAUUUUUUUAUAAAAACAAAAUGCUUUUAUACUCUAGCUGUACUGAAGUUUUAAACUUGCUUUUCAAAUAAAUGUAGCCUACUUUAUGUUUAAAUUGAACUGUAAAAUUGAUCAUGGAAAAUUGUUGAACACUGAUAAAUUUUUUGUUUGAAUCUAGGAUAAUGAGGAUAAAAAGAUCCUCUUAGAGUAAUGGAGUGAAUUACAUUCUAUAUUCCGUAAAAUAUAUUUUGUAUUGUAUUUGCCAUUGGAACCAUGUACUUAUUGCAUAACAAACUCUAAUCUUGUACUAAAAUGCUAAUUUUUUUCUCGUAUUAAGACUUAUAUCUUUUGUAUUAUUUUAUGUUCGACUUUAUUUGUUAACAAUGUGAUGUAAUGAAUUUAUAUUGUAGUGAGGUUCACUUUAAGCUUAAGUAUUAUUCAAAAGCAAUGCUACAGUUUAAAAUGAGAUUCACUAUACCUUGUGCUUUCGAUACUUUCUGAUUUUGUUCUAAUCAGUAUUAGAAUUUUGAUUCAGUAUUUAUUUUUGCAAGUUAUUCAUUUCAUUGUUAUUUAACGUUUAUGUUGUCUCAUUAGACCUAUACUUCUAAUUAUUUAGAUUUAGACUAUUGGACUGACAUAAGCUAUAAGACUAUUAUUGUAAACAAAUGUAAGGAAAGAAUUAAGAAAUUGAAAAUUUCAUAUAUGAUUCUAUUUACAGCAAGAACCAAACUAUAAGAAUACUUGUAUUUUUUGUAUUUUUGUAAACAAAUGUAUGAAAUAUUGAUGACAUUAAAAAUGCCUUUUUACGAA